AUGGCCAGCGUAGAAGUCUUCACAAGAAGGUUUGACGUCCACGGCAAGAUGUACAGUCAUGAUUUACGUGAGAAAACCUUUGCAGACUGGCCCUUUCGAGAGGACUGUAACUGCACACCUGAAAAGAUGGCCAAGGCUGGCUUCGUGCACUGUCCAAGCGUGAAUGAGCCUGAUGUGGUCUGCUGUUUCUUCUGUCUGAUCGAGCUGGAGGGCUGGGAGCCUGAUGAUGACCCUUGGUAUGAACACCUAAAACGCUCACCUACUUGUGGAUUCCUCACCAUGAAGAAAGACCUAAUCUGCUUGACUGUGCCUGAAUUUUACCUGCUUGAGAAGGAGAGGUUAAAGAUUUAUGUUAGAAAAGUUUGUCAUAAGAAGAUGGCUCAUCUUCGCGAUGAGAUAGAUAUGUUGCUCGGCCUUACAGACACCCUGGCCCACCUACCUUUUGUGCCCUCUUCCAAAAGGGACGUCCAUCUGUCCCCUCACUUGGCCUAUUGUGAAGUGCCAAAGCCUGGUAACUUCCACAAUGCAGAAGGCGGGCUGAGGGGGGCCAGGGUAAUGAGUCUGUGA